AUGCCUUUGCUAUCCAAGCUUCUACUAGCGGCAGGCCUUGCCACAUCAGUCACCGCACAAACUUCUAUCACCGUCAAUGUUGGAACAACUUACCAAACGAUUGAAGGGUUUGGGUUCUCACAGGCCUUCGGUCGAGCCGUCGAGUUCAAGACCGCACCUUCAAACAUUCAAAAACAAGCCUUGGAUCUUUUAUUCAGCACCACUACUGGCGCAGGGUUCUCUAUCAUCCGUAAUAGAGUUGGAUCAGGCGGAAGCGGUGAUAGCAUCUUACCCACCAACCCUGGCGGUCCGAAUGCUACUCCUAAGUAUGUUUGGGAUAAUGAUGAUAGAGGACAAGUUUGGUUCUCACAACAGGCUAAGGCGUAUGGUGUCACUACUGUGUAUGCUGAUGCUUGGAGUGCGCCUGGGUUUAUGAAGACAAGUGGGUCGGAAAGUACUGCUGGAUAUCUUUGCGGCACAACAGGUCAUACAUGCUCCUCUGGCGACUGGCGACAAGCCUACGCCAACUUCCUCGUUCAAUACGUAAAAUACUACGCCUCAAUCGGCAUAACCGUCACACAUCUCGGCUUCCUCAACGAGCCAGACUACUCUCCCAACUACUCCCAAAUGCAAAUAAGCAGCAAUGCACAAGAAGCAAUCUCAUUCAUCCCGACUUUGUAUAACGCCGUUAAAGCCGCAGGUCUUAACACUAAAAUAACCUGCUGCGACGCAAUGGGCUGGAGUAUGCAAAGAACGUAUACCACCGCUUUAGUUAACGCUGGGUCCACGCAAUAUCUUGGAAUGAUUGCAGGUCACUCGUACAGUAGUGAACUGACAUCUCCGAUCACUAAUACCAACCUUCCAAAAUGGAACACCGAGGCGGGUCCGGGGUCUAUUCAGUUCACGCCUACAUGGUAUGCGAGUGGAACGCAAGCCGAAGGCUUCACCUGGGCGAAUAAACUAGCAGUAGCAAUGGUUAACGCAGAUCUAUCUGCCUAUCUAUUCUGGGAAGGGUAUGAAUGGAAGCAACAGCAAUCUGCUUCACAUCUUGUGGAUACGGACGGCAAUAACGCUAUUCCUUCUGGUAUCCUUUGGGCAUUCGCAAUGUGGUCUCGUUAUAUUCGUCCCGGUGCUGUCAGAAUUGGCACCACUGGCUCCAUCGCGAGUACCAUCACUGGUGCAUUCAAAAAUACGGAUGGUUCGAUCGUCGUUGUAUUCACCAAUAGUGGUAGUUCGGCCCAGUCUGCAAAGGUUUCCUUCAACGGCUUUACCCCAAGCUCUGCAGAAGCUUAUGUCACAAGCCAAGGGAAUAAUUUCAAGUCUACAUCCUCGACAUUGUCGGGCGGCGCUGUUACGGUCUCUAUCCCUAGCAAAGGCGUUGUUACCGUCAAGUUACUUGGUGGUGGAUCUAGUGGAACCACUACAACCACAAUCAAAACGACGUCAGCCAUUACUACUAGUGCUAUCAGGACUACGACACCACAACAAAGUACUACUGUUGGAAAUCCCGUAGGUUGUCAGCAGUGGGCCCAGUGUGGUGGUAUCGGCUGGACGGGGUGUAACACUUGUCAGAGCCCUUACACUUGUAAGGUACUCAAUGACUAUUACUCUCAAUGUGUAUAA